AUGAAUAAUCCGUAUCGAGCAAGAAUAGGUAGACAGCGAGUAGAUCACUCUGCAACAGCAGCAGUCCCAAGUUAUGGAGCCAGAAACCAGAAUUCAUGGCCUGGAAUGACUGGCAACCAGACUCAGCCAGUUAUUGGGGGAGCUAAUCAAUCAAAUAACGUCGAUAACGACUCUUGGGACUGGAACACAGACAACGCUGACAAUAACAAUGAUUCUUGGAACUGGAAUAUCGAUCAAUCUGCAGAGCAGACUCAGUUGCACCCUCAACAGCAGCAACAACAGCAGCAGCAGCAGCAGCAGCCACCACCUGCCCACGGUGACACUCAAAAUCAGGCUCAGUGGCAAGCUAAUCAGCAGCAACAAGGGAUUUUUAAUCCUUACGCUCCUCCCAGAUCAUCAUUUGAAGCGACCAAUCAGCAGCAGACUCAGCAGUUUAAUCCAAAUGCUUACAACUGGAAUGGCGUUGAGCAGUCUGGAGGUCAGAGUUGGCCGAGUCAAACUACUGAGCCGUUCUGGCAUGAUCAAAACUCCAAUAAAAGAGAGGAUUAUCAUGCUGAAGUUGAUAAGAGUAGGCAGCAAGUGCAGGUGCAAGAGCAAUUUAAUAAAUCACCACCUCAAAACCCGAUAAAAGAAAUUCCUGGUCAGUGGCAGGCUGAUAAUCAUGACAAUAAUCAACUGAAAGCGCAUAGCCAGGAACCAGUUGCGCCUAAUCAGUGGCGUGAAGAUGCUCAUGAUAGAAGAGGAGUUGAAGCUCAAGCUCAAUUUAUCCCAAACCAUCCAAGGCAACCGGAUAAUUUUAACCAAUCGUGGUCGCCAGUUAGUCUUCAGCCAAAUACUAACUUGAAACCCGAAGUGGAUAAAAAAUUGGAUGUUAAUUUGGGUAAUUAUUCUACUCCAGCAAGCUUACAAGACACAGCAAUAGAAGAACAAAAUGUUCCUGUCUUCACUUCAAGCCAAACUUCAGUUCUUGAUACUACAAGUAAUUUAUUCACAGUGCAGAGUACUGGAAUGGAGGCUAAAAUUAAUGACAAAGUAGAUCGUCGGAAUAUCGACUUGGUUAAAACUGACAAUAUGAUCGACAUUACAACCAGUGUUAAGCAAUUAAAUAUUGAAGAUAAAGAUCCACACUCUCAGCACCAAUUUGAAAGCCACCCACCGCUGUUUCCUGUUCAUUCAAUGGCUCAGCCAGUAGAACAGUGGCCUAAUCAGUCGAUCCAAUCAAUAACCAAACCUCCGGAAUCUUUAACUUUGUCUAGUCAGCAUAUUGCUCAAACAGCAGACCACUAUACACCUGUUUCAUUUGCAUCUUCUGAAAGCAGACAUCAAACUUAUGAUCCAACUAGCCCCCCAAGUAUUAAAUCUCACGAAUUCUCUCCCCAACAGCCAACCAUUCAGUCGCAUGAGUAUGCAGUGCCUCUAACUUCUGCUCAGUCGUCUUAUUACUACCAAGAGUCGUUUACUAGCCACCAAACGACUCCUGUAAUGAACACUCCUGAAGCUUCUGGAUCACCAAGUUUGCCACUGCAUCAGAUUGUUCAAAAACCUCCGUACAAUCCUUUAGACAGUACCAUGCCUUAUCCAAUAAACACUGAGAGUGUACAAGUGCCUAGUGAAGUACCUAAACAAAUGAAUCUUCCUCCUGCUGGUGAAGUUAGAGGUGUACCAACGACUAAAGCUGGCUAUGAUCAAUGGUACAAUCAGAAGACAAGUCCACCACAGAAUGUCAGGUAUCCAGUCGCUGAAAGAAGUGCUUCUAUGCAACAGCUAAAAACUUGGAUGCCUACAGAGCCAGUGGAUAAUUAUGAAGUUUCUAAAUCAAGUGAAUUUAUUAAUGAUGUCAAGUCUUCGGUGACUGAACCUAAGUUUCACGAGCGACUGAGUUCCGUUAAAGAAUCUAGGGAAGAUGAUAAAAGUUUAAUUGUUACCGAGCCUACUAUUAGAAAUUCAAUGGAGCAAACUGGUCAUCCUGCAAAUCAGCAAGUUAAUCCUGUUCAAAAAAUCCAACCAGUAAAUCAACAAAUUAAUCAGCUAAUUCAAUCUCAGCAUGAGCAAGCGCCAGAAAAUUAUGAAUUUGCAUCUAACGACAGAAACACAUUCCUCGAAACUGGUGAGCUGACUGAUUUGCAUCACGAUCAAGGUGUACCAUCAUCUAAUCACGAUGAAGAAAACGAUGAAGUUCCUGGUGAUAUUCCAUUUUUGAGAGAGGUACCGGGUCAAUCAAGCUACGGUGAUCCGCGACGUAACGACCCUACUGGUCAAGAGCAAUACGUACAGUCUAACCGUAAUUUAGAUUCCAGAAGAAACCCUCCAGAGCCGGUUCUAAACACUCAGCCUCGGUCUAUCGCCAUAGCACCAUCCGAUCGUACAGAACGCCGUGACGUUCCUUCUGGUCAAGAGAGACGAGAAAGCAGACUCCUGUCUCGCGAUACAGAGACACCCGAGCGUAGAAACGAUCCUUCGGGAAGAGAAAGGUCAUUUCCGCCUUCGCAGUCACGCAAUGACCCCUCAGGCGAGGAGAGAAUCCAGUCUCAAAGUCAAAUUAAUCUGGAGCCUGCUGAAGUGCGUCAAGUACCUGGUAGCGGAACUAAUUCCGUAGAGCCUCCGCCGUCAGCUGAGGUAGUACGUCAAAUAACUGGCGGUGUGUCCCGUAAUGAGCCGGUUAUUCCAGAAGACAGCAAUGCCAGAAUUGUAACGGGAUCCCAGCAAGUUCUACCAGCAGCCAAUUUAAUGCAAGACCUGCCGUCUAACGAGACUAGGAAUAAACGCGAAGAAGCCGUUGGUGCUUCAAUUGAAAAUCCUCCUGGUGUUACUGCUUCUCCAAAGCGUCGAGAUUCUUAUCAAGACGGAGAUGAUGAAGAGUCUGGAAACAGUCGCGAUGAUAACCGCGAGAGACGUCGGGAGCCCAGUCCUACUGACAGGCGUCGUUAUGAUUACGAUCCUAAAGGCGACAGGAGUUACUACGACCGCGAUAGGGAGUAUGAUGAUGAUUAUUAUUACGAAAGAAGGCGUGGGCAUGAUUUUGAACGGCCUUACAAUUCAAGGGAAGACUUGGACCGACGUGAUGCGUCAUUUAGAGAAGGUGAUCGCCGUCAUUUGAGUCGCGAUGACCUGGACGAUCGCAGGAGGCUUAAAGAUGAUGAUAGAAGGGGUCAUAGGAGCGAGGUUGAUCCCAGACGUCGCGAUACUAGAGACUAUGAACCAUCCAGGUAUCCGAAAGAUAGGGAUUACGACCGCAGGAGAGAUGAGCGUCGUAGAUAUUAUGGUGAUUAUGAUCAGAGAGACCCCAGAGACCCUAGGCGCGAGUUCUAUGAUGAUCCGUACACUCGCAGCUCCAGACCUUCCAGCAGGUCUUCUUACAAUGACCGAGAACGCGAUUUCUACGGACGGAGAGACCCCUACUAUGGAUACAAUGGCUACAACACUUAUGACUUUGGAACUAAUUACAAUAAUAAUUACUACGCGUACUUAGAAAACUUACGGAGGACUAAUCCUACUGCUUAUAUGGAAUGGUACAAUAAAUAUUAUGGGAACCAACAGCAUAAUAUCAGUACUGUCAGUCGGGGUCCAAGUUAUCCUGAGGACCGAGCUAGUGUUCAUUCGGGAAGGAGUUCCUGUGAUGACAGGACAAACAGUGGAAAACAUACCAUUGGAGAUAUUUCUUUAUUAGAGGAUUCAAGAAUUGUAUCACGACUUACUCCAACUAAAUUUUCAACAUCUCACGUUCAAGGAUCAUUUUCAAUUGGUUCAUUGGUACAAGUUCAUGCAAGUUAUCCUGCAGAUGGAGAGCGUGCUAGAGUUGAUAUUGUUCAAGUAGACAGUUUGUUGGUGCAUGAUCCAAUUACUCGGGAAAUUCGUGCUUAUCCGGGACCAUUGGUCAAGGGUGUUACACACAAGAAGACGAUUAUAGAGUACUGCGAAGCCAAAAUAAAAAAAGCAGCUGUAAACGAUGAACUUAUUGACCAUGCCUCUUAUAUUUUGCUGUACCAGCUGAUGAUUAUGCUUAUUCAGCAGAACGGCAACGUUGUUGGUGUGGAUAUUGCUACGCUCUUGUUGAAAAACAAAGAAAUUUAUCCUUACGACGCGCAUAAAACAAACCACAAGCCAAUACGCCGUGAAUCAACAAUUUCACAGCGGUCUGGUGGCGCAGGACAAGAAGGAUCAGUGCAUGAAAAAGUGGCACAAGAAAUAGAAGAAGUAAAACCAAUGAAGACUGUCGAGCAGAUAACAAAUGAGUUUAGAAACACUUUGCUGUGUGGUCUAGUUCAAGAAGCUUUAGAGUACGCGAUGACUGAAGGUCUGUGGGGUCAUGCACUGUUCCUCGCAAGUAAACUAGACAAACGUACACAUGCAUCUGUCAUGACCCGCUUCGCCAAUAGUUUGCCGGCUCAAGAUCCUCUUCAGACUUUGUACCAACUUCACUCGGGUCGAGUACCAGCGAGCGUAACUUGUGUCGCUGACAGUAAGUGGGACGACUGGCGCCCACACUUGGCCAUGAUUAUAUCAAACACAUCAGCUAAUCCGGAAAUAAAUCGCCGCGCGAUAUCAACUCUCGGUGAUACACUUACAGCGCGUGGUGAUAUUCAUGGCGCGCAUUUCUGUUACAUACUAGCGCAAAUUGAUUUUGGAAUUUAUGCAACACCUGGUGUUAAGCUCGUGCUAAUUGGGUCAAAUCACCACAAAUCUUACGCUGAAUUUGCCACUCUCGAAGCGGUAAUGCUCACGGAAAUUUACGAGUAUGCACGGAAUUUAAGCGAGCCAGGUUUUACAAUCAUUGGACUGCAAACAUUUAAAUUUGAAAUUGCUCAAAAAAUGGUUGACCAUGGGCUGAUUGAAAAAGCAUUGCUCUAUCUAGAACAAAUAGCAAUUAACAUUGUGCAAGAGCCAUCCAAAUACAAGGCAUCGUUCAUCCAAAAUGUUUACACAUUGAGCGAGAGGAUAAAGUUCCAUGAUCCAGUUUUUAAAGACUGCAUUGAAGACGUCGCUACAUUAGCUUGGCUCAAUAAUUUGAGUGAUAUUGUGGGUCGUUGCCAGACAGGCGAAAUUGUUCAAGAAUCAACUUUUAGCGCUCGCACAGAUGCACCAAGUGUCAUGCAGGACCACGAGCAGCGUGACACUCAGCAAUGGAAUUAUCAGCAGGAUUAUUCCAACGCUCCGGUUUCUAUGAUGGAGGUUCCUUCUGUCGAUACUAAUCAAGACACAUGGCAACCUAUGUCUCUCCCUAAUACCUUGCAAGAGCCUUAUGUCGCCGAGCAAAAUAUUCAGUAUGGACAGAAUGUCGAUGGCAAUCAGUAUCAUCAUCAGCAGCAGCAGCAACAGCAGCAGCAGCAGCAGCAGCAGCAGGAACAACCGCAAGAAUAUUGGAAUCAACAGACUUACAAUCAAAAUUAUUCGAGGGAUUAUAACUCUGAUUGGCAACAACCGUCCAAUCAAAUGCAGUAUCACGGUGAACAAAAUGAUGUUGAUUCUGCUCAAGCUCCUGGAUGGAAUUACGAGUCUGAUAAGGAGGAAAAACCACCAACACCUGAAGUAAGUACAUUCACCACUGCACCAUCAAAUUAUAAUAAUAUUAAUGAUAAUAAAAUACUGAUGGAUGCUUCUUCCUAUGCAAAUACACUAAAUACAAUUCGCCGUCGUAAAAUUCGGGCUAAAAAUCAAUUAAUAAGCAAUGAUUUUCGAUCAAGCACUGAAGAUGAUUCACGACCUAAUGAUACAACUAUUUUUAACACCGAAAAACCACGAAGAUUAGUUAAGUAUCCAAAAGUAACUACACCAUUUCCAAAUAUUAUGGAUGCCAAAAAAUUGCCAACUGUUAGCAAACAAAAAAAGAUAGAUCCCAAGUAUCUGAAGCCUCCGUCAGCCCAGCCUCCAGUUUUUCUUAAAUGCAAGCCUCAGAUGAAGCCAACGUCCAGUGAAGAGACUGAUGAGGAGCCUAAAGAAGACGACGAGGAGGGUGAAAUCGGUGAAGACGAUGAUGAAGAAGAGCAAGACGAAAAUGUUCUGAAUAAUUACAAAAACCCAACGGACUUGGAUAUUCAGCUCAGUAAAAUGAAACUUGAGUCCUUUGACUUGACAACUACCACAUCCAGUUCUUCUUCUUUUGAAGUUGAUAAAAACCUUGGGCGGUUGAACAAUCGCGGGCAGACACUCGAGCAGUACUGUAAUUUUGAUGAGAAAAAAAUCGUCAGAGUAGCACCGCAUAUAAGGAGGAAAGAUGUCAUUUGCGAUACUGUAGAUGCUUGGUCAUACAAUGAAUCAAACGCGGCAAAUUCGGGGUAUAAGCCUAUUAUUUUUGGUGGAACGUUUAACAUCGACGUUCCAGCUGCUAAUUAUGUUGAUAAUAAACUAAAUAAUCAAGUUAAUAAAACACGUGUGCUUCCUGGUAAACGUAUAUCCAAAACCUUUGACAUAGAUGCUCCAUCGCAGCCCCAGCCGCAGAUUUCUAUGAGUCCGUCGACUAAGCAGUACGAUCCUUUGGAGGAACUGGACACCCUGGACCCGAGUGACCACGGAAAAUCCACUGGUGACAAUAAGAAGCAAGACAAGCAGGCGGAGAAAAAGAAUGGGAAUUCUGGAGGGUCCUGGUUCGGAGGACUCUUCAGUAAACUUACGCCUAAGCCCAAAAAUCAGAUGAUUUUGCCGGAUGAUAACAAUCCGACGAUUGUCUGGGACCCAGUUGCCAAAAAGUGGAGUAACAAAGACGAGAAUGGAGACAGCGGCUCCUCGCGGUUGGCUCCACCGCCAAAAAUGACAGAGAUGAAUUUAUCUACGCCAGCUGUCGAACAAAGUCAAAAACCACCACCGAUUCCUGAACAAACUAUCUCUUCUCAUCAAAGUCAGCGUAGCUUAGAUAAUUCGACCCCCAAUUCAUCGAAAAUGAUCACCGGAAGCAACAAUAUGUUCAAGUUACAAAAGUCUAGAAGCAUGCGUGCUAAUUAUAUUGAUGUUAUGAAUCCUGGAGGAGUUAAGAGCAAUGGACCGCCGUCCAAUCUUCCGACACCUCUCUCUCGGUGGAGCUCGACUAGCUCAUUAUCUCGCGAGGUACAGAGCUACACAAUGAGGGAUCCGCGUCUUCAGCAACGGAUCAAGAUCUUCCAACUGUUUGAAUCAACAAAUAAUCAUCAACCCGGACCAAUGAUGUACAAUCCGGCAAACGUAACAGAUAACUCGGCGAUGAGUGUCCCGAAAAAUAGAUACCCAAGACGAUAA